AUGGCAGUGCUCUCAACCCUUGUGUCACCUUCGAAUUUUGGCACUCAGUCGACGACCUACAUCGCCAUCACUGCAGCCGUACUACUUUUUGUCUACCGGAUAUUCAAAUACCUGACACAGACUCACGCCGACAUACCCUUGGUCUUUCCAGAGCUCGAUGCAAAGGCGAGAGCGCAGAAAUGGUUCUCCGAAUGCGACAAGGUGGUGCAGGCUGGUCACCGACUGUUCCAAGAGAAACAGAUCUCGAUGUUCCGUGCCACUGUUGAAGACGGAACAGAAACAGUCGUUGUCUCCGACCGCUACAUCAAUGAGCUUAAAGCGCUUCCCGACAGCGUUCUCAGUGUGACGGUCGGUGUGAAUGAAGACAUGCUGUCCCAAUAUUCCCAUAUCAAAGUUGUCGAUCCUAUUGGACAACACGCAAUCCGGUCAGACCUUACACCUAGACUGCCGCUUCUCAUGCCCGCCAUUGCCGAGGAAGCAGUGGUGGCUUUGGACAACUUCUUUCCCAAAGACGCGGACGACUGGGUUUCUAUCUCUGUUUUCCAGGUUGUACUCAAUUCUGUAGCUCAAGUCUCAGCCCGUCUAUUUGUAGGGACAAGACUUUGUCGCGACCCUCGUUGGCUUCAGUGCUCACAAACCGCGGCUAUCAGCGCAUUUGCAACAGUAUCUGCGAUGAAGCGGUGGUCAGCAUGGCUACGUCCACUCGCUCAGUACCUGGAACCUGAAAAGCGAGCGUUGGAAGCGGCUCGGACAGAAGCCAUCGCUAUACUCAAAGAGGACGCAGAGGCCAGUCAAAGCAUGGAUAUCAAAGACGAAGACAAAGACUACUUGUCCUACUGGGUUUCAAAUAGGCACCCCAAAUAUGCCACAGAUUUUGGAGCCCAAGCUCUCCUCCAACUCGAACUGUCGAUAGCCGCGAUUCACACGACAACGAUGGCCGUUACCCAUAUGGUCUACGAUCUGGCUACAUAUCCCGAAUACGUCAGAGUACUGAGAGAUGAGAUCAAGGCAGCGUUGGCCGCGAGUGGAGGUGUUUACAACAGGGACUGUAUCGCAAAGAUGGUCAAGACUGAGAGUUUCAUGAAGGAGUCACAACGGCUUCAUCCGCCCAGCUUUGCGACUUUCAAGCGCAAAGUUAUGAAAAGUUUCACUCUGUCGGAUGGCACUACUUUCCCCAAAGGCAUUUCCAUCCAGAUCGACGCCUCAGCACGCUAUCGCGACCCUCAGAAUUGGGAAAAUCCCGAUCAAUUUGACGGAUCUCGCUUCAUUAGACUGGCUGAGAAUGAUCCCAAUAAGGCCCGUCAUCAGUUUGUUUCUUCAAACGCGGACUAUGUCUUCUGGGGCCAGGGCAGACACGCAUGCCCAGGACGCUUUUUCGCUGCAAACGAGAUCAAAACACUCCUUGCAAUGAUUGUAUUGAAGUACGACCUUUCACUUGAGCCUGGUGCAGAACGCCCAGCUGAUAUCCAUGUCGGUUCAUUUAUCAAUCCGAAUCCUACAGGCACAAUUCGUGUGAAGAGAGUAUAG